ACAACCCAGCUCAAUAUAAUGGCCGAUCUACCUAUGUCUUUCUGUAUUCCCAUCUUCCUACUAGCCCUACUCUCGGCCGUCUCGGUUUCUUCUUCCACUCCGACCAACGGCAAUGGCAGUGACACUGAUCUGGCCGCGCUGCUAGCUUUCAAAGCCCAGCUUGCCGACCCUCACCGAAUCCUUGCCGAUAACUGGACCAUUGGCACAUCUUUUUGCCACUGGAUCGGUAUCUCGUGCAGCAGGCGCCGGCAACGGGUCACCUCUCUAUCGUUGCAGGGCAUGCCUCUCUUUGGGACUUUGGCACCUCAUGUCGGUAACCUCUCUUUUCUCUCUGCCCUUAGCUUCGCACACACCAGUCUCACAGGCUCAAUUCCGAUCGAACUUGGUAGGCUACAUCGUCUAAGAUAUCUGAAUCUUAGCAGCAAUAGUUUGUCAAGUGCCAUACCUGCUGCCCUAGGGAACCUCACGAGGAUAGAGAUCCUUGAUCUAUCUAGGAACCAUCUCUCAGGCCAGAUCCCUCUUGAAUUGCUAUUACAUAUGCAAAAUCUUAGGAAAAUUAAUCUGAAUGCAAAUUACUUGAGUGGCCAUAUAUCACCAUAUGUGUUCAACAACACACCUUCGUUGGCAUACAUAAGUUUUGGAAACAACAGCCUGUCAGGUCCUAUACCACACACCGUUGCAUCCCUAUCCAUGCUUGAAAUCUUAAACUUACAGCUUAAUCAAUUCUCUGGCAUAGUACCGCAGGCCAUGUACAACAUGUCUAGGUUGCAAGUCAUUUCACUCAUACUCAAUAAACUAAAUGGAAUGUUUCCAAGCAAUCAAACUUUCAGCUUGCCAAUGUUGCAAUUUUUUGGACUAGGUGGUAACAAAUUUUCUGGCCGGUUUCCAUCGGAGCUUGCAUCAUGUAGAUACCUACAAGUACUUGAUUUGUCUGCAAAUUCUUUUGUGGAUGGCGUGCCAACAUGGUUAGCCAAAUUGCCGCACCUCCGAAAGCUAAAUUUGGGUUUUAAUAACCUUAUUGGCUCGAUCCCAUAUGCUCUUAGUAAUCUCACCAGUCUUACCCCUCUAGGACUCGAAUUCGGUAAUCUAACAGGUAAUAUUCCACCAGACUUAGGUCUUAUGAAGGAACUCUCAUAUCUUUAUCUUGGAGUCAAUCAGUUGAUAGGUCAAAUUCCAACUUCCCUUGGUAAUUUGUCCAAACUGUCUUACCUAGGUUUGGCAAAGAAUCAAUUAUCUGGCAAAGUACCAACAAUAUUUGAAAAAAGUAUAGCUUUGAAAAAGCUUGAUUUGGCAGGGAAUAAUUUAGAGGGGAGUUUAGAUUUCUUGUCGCCUCUUUUCAAGUAUGGAAACCUCCGAGCCCUUGCGGUAGAAGUUAAUUCUUUCACUGGUGUCCUCCCUAGCCUUGUGGGAAAUCUCACCUCACAACUAACCAUUUUCCUUGCUUCUGACAACAAGUUAAUAGGUGGACUACCACGAAAUGAUUGAGAACUAGGACGGGGUCGAAAUGCAUUUUAUUCUUAGUAUUAAAAAAGUAUUGCAUGACCGAAUAAUUCAAGGAGGGGCGCACAGCGGGGAGGGUCCUUUUUAGUAGAUGACUCGUCGGGCCGUCAGAGCGGGACUUCUUUGGUAAAAAUAACUUGAUUCUAUUCCUUUUUAGUAAGGAGGCGGCAUUUCCCAUAAGGAAAGGUAUGUCAUUUACAACCCCGGCGUAUUGAGGCCGCUUGAAGGCCCCGCUCACCCGAAGUGAUUUAUCAAAAUUCUUCUUUCUCGAUGGUGAUCGGUCAUGGUAUCCAUAACGUUGCAUCUUUUUCGGCCAAAUCCGGAUUUCGUUUUGCUUCUCCCGGUCGAUCGACUCGACUCUUUUCCCUGCCCCCCGGCCUCUCACUUCGUUUCGUUCUUCCUCUGUACCCUCGCUUGAAUGAAGACACCCGAUCGGCCCGACUUUCCCAAAUGUCGGCCACCAGCCCUUUUCCUGUAGUACGGGUCUUGA